AGGUGUGGUCAAUUCAGAGUUGAAAGAGAUCAUCCCUCGGUUCAGUGAGGGUGGGAGAUCAAAAGCUACCUCGACGUCAUCGUGCUGCCAAUCGGCCGGCUUCCCGUGGGGAUCUGCCACCACCGCGCUCUGCUCUUCUUGGUGCUCCCUUCUCCUCAAGGUGGGGCCUGCUCUUCAAUAUGCGCUCUGCUCUUCAAGGCGCGCCUGCUUUUCAAUAUGCACCCUUCCUUUCAAG